UGUGUGGGUUGUGUUGUUUGGUAACGGAACGCCGUUAGAUUCGUUAGAUUUUACAUCGUUGGGUUUCGGUAUCAGUUCCAAUGACUUUCUUAAUCCAUUUAUGACUGACAAAGCGAAUGCGAUAUAACUGCCCGGCCUGAGCACUAGCGUAACUUCACUCGGUACCAUGGCUGCCUCACAGAAGUUUUGUCUCAAGUGGAACAACUUCCAGAACAGUGUAACCUCAGUGUUUGACAGCCUGCGGCAAGAUGAAGAACUGGUGGACAUUACAUUGUGCUGUGAGGGGAGAAAGAUAAAGGCGCACAGGAUGAUGCUGUCAGCAUGCAGUCCUUACUUCAGGGAUCUCUUCAAGGACAAUCCAUGUCAACACCCCCUGUUCUUCUUGAAGGACACUUCAUAUGUAGACAUUGCUGCUGUGAUAGAGUUUGUGUACAAAGGAGAAGUCAAUGUGCUCCAAAGUCAGUUGGCAAGUUUCCUGAAGACAGCAGAGCUGCUCCAGGUCAAAGGACUCUCAGGGGAUGAAGAGGAAGACCAGGUGCCGCGGUCUCAGCCGCCGCCGGCGGGCCGAGAGCGGCCACCGGACCGAUCGCGGCUCGCGUCCGGCCCGCCGCCGCCGCCGCCGCCGGUGCGCCAGCGUCCCCGCGAGUCUGCCGAGCCGCCCGCCUCGCCGCGGCUCAAGCGGCGCCGGCUCUCGGGCUCCUCGGGCAGCCGGCCGGGCUCUCCGUCAGCGGUGAGCGCCGCCCCGCCGCCGCCAGCAGCCGCCGCGGGGCCGCGCGACCCGGCCGCGGACGCGAUGGCCGGACCGCCGGGCGCCGCCCUACCGCCGCCACCACCGCCGCCCGUGUCGGGCGCGGAUUUGGCGGAGCCGCCCCCGCCGCAGCACGAGCCUCCGCCGCCGCCCCAGCCGGCUGCCGGCCGACAGGACUAUGGCAUCAAAGUGGAGAAAAUAGACAUUGCGGACGAUGACGAUGACGUUAGUUUAGAGGCCACGCUGGGUCAGGUGUCAACGUUUGAGGCGUCCCAGUUCGAUGGGUCGGACCACUCGGCAAGUUCAAACGACAUGGCGGGCCUUCUCAGCAGAGUAUCAGAACAAGGCGGCGGCGACCUGCUGGCGGCCGGAGCUUCAGGCGACGACGGAGCAUCGCAAGGUGCCGGCUCCGUGUGCCCAGUGUCCGGGUGCGGCAAGUUUCUGGCCAACAGCGCCCGGCGGAGCGAGCACCUGUCCUGGCACCGCGGCGAGACCGUCUGUGCCGUCUGUGGUAAUUGCUACACCACCAAGAGCAACCUGCGCGAACAUGUCAUUGUACACCACGGCGGUGCUGCACUGGUGGACCGCAGGGGCCGGCCGGUGAUCCAGCCGCCGCCGCCGCCGCCCCCGCCCCCGCCCGGCCGGUUCUACCGGCAGUAGAGGAGGAGGGGGAGGCUGGGGCGGGGACAGAGACGGGUACAUACCAGGAGCAGCUGGUGUAUGUGUGUGCCAAGACGAACUACUUUCUUUUUCUCGUUCUUAUUCCUUUUCGCUCUGUUUUGACUCUCUUGGUUCUUUUUCCGUUUUGAUGCGCUGUGGUUCCUUCAACAAUUCGUCUGGUUCUGUAAUUUAGAUAUAGAGAUACAGAAAGGAGGUGCUUAAUUGUUGCCCUUCCAUGGUUUAUUGUUUAUUGUUUAUUAGGCAUUGUCAGCCACAGGCAAAACCCAAUGACGGCUGAGGUCAAAGUAAAAUAUAAACACGCACACACACACACGCACACACACAAGACACACACUAUUUCAUCACACCUGCCUACGCACAUGCAUAUGCCUAUACCCACCACAGACAAAAAGCCGCGGGACACUUUAAGACAGCAAUAGCUCGUAUAAAAGUGGCAAAAGGCCAAAACACUGAGAUACAAUAAAAAAAAGGAACAAUAAAAUGACACAUGAUCUGUAAAAAAUGCAAAAGAUAAAAGUAAUGCAAACAAUAGCAGCCUACGUCAUACAAGUACCAAGGCCUCGUGCGUAGGCACGGAUGCGCGCGGUGCAGUGGAGACUAGGCUGAAAGAAAUCCUCGUCUGGAUAUUUGUUCAGGAACUCAUUCACUAGUUUCGGGACUCGUACGCCGAGGCCGUUCUUCACCGUAUCAACCCGUCCAAAAGGUACGUUGAACAAGCCCGUCUGCCUAGAGCGCCGGCCAGGAACACGCAGCGAAAACAUAGUCACAAGUAGCCCACAGUCCAGUCGGCCGGCAAACACAGAGCGUAUGAACUUCAAGUCGGUCUGAACAAGUCUAGCUUUGAUGGACAUACAGUGAAAAUGUUGGAGGAGAGACUCAUAGUCCAUCGAGCACCGGCUAUGUGUCUUGGCGCCUAACCACAUCAGGUAACGGUGUUGCAGUCUCUCCAAUCUCGCAAGGUGAGUAGGUGCUGCGCCACUCCAGACGACACUCGCGUAUUCCACAACCGAUCUGACAUGGGCAUUGUACGCCGCCAUGACUGCCCGGUGAUCGAAGUACGGCAGCCGGGUACGGUGUGAGACCUGCAUGCUGCGCAUAAGUAGACCUAGCAUGCGGUUGGCCUUGCUCACACAGGCGUCAACAUGCGCGCCAAAUGUUAGCCUGGAGUCCAGGAUCACACCCAGAUCUCUGAUCUCCGUACACCGCUCGAGUUCGUGACCAUCUAAAAAGUAUGAUGAUGCGAUGGGAGAUGUACGUAAAGUAAAGGUGAUGGUCUUCCAUUUAGCCGGAUUGAGCCUAAGAUGCCAUGUUUUUGACCAGUCACUAAGACGGCUUAGAUCAGCCUGAAGAGAGUUGACGUCCGCUGGACAUUGAAUUCUGUGGAAAAUUUUGACAUCAUCAGCAUAUGACAGUGAGCUGGUCUGAAGUUGAGACGGAAGGUCAGCUACAUAGCAUGUGAAGAGAAUCGGACCGAGAAUGCUGCCUUCCGGAACUCCAGAUUGCACUGGGAUCCAGUCCGAGUGCUUGCCAUCCAGAAUGACCCGCUGAUAGCGGUGGCUUAGGUAAGAAUCAAUCCAGCUAUGGUACCUAUUUUGCGGUUUUUAUUGUUCAUGCUGUUGUUCAGUCACCUUACCCCAUGGAUUCUCAAAUUGGCCACCGUUCAUUUAUCGUCGCUCGGUGCAGCAAAGAGAGAUUAAAACCACAGGAUAAGGUGUCGAGACUUGUGCACUAAUCAA